AUGCAGCAUGGGGCCGAGCAGCUGCUGCCCUCCUUGUUGAGUCAGCUGGGGGCAGGAUGGAGCGGGGGGGUCCGCCGACAUUUUUCUACCCGUGCCUCUGCUUUCGGUUUCGUUUCCCCACUUGGAGCAGCAAUGGAGGAGCCGCUGUGCCUGGUGCAGAACGGGGCCGACGGGGUGCUGAGCCCCAACCCCGAGGCGCUGGAGGUGCUGUGCGGCAUUGGGCAGCCCAUGGUGGUGGUGGCCAUCGCGGGGCCCUACCGCACCGGCAAGUCCUUCCUCAUGAACCGGCUGGCGCAGUGGAGCACCGACUAUGCCCUGGGCUCCACAUUGCAUGCACUGAUAAAGGGGAUCUGGAUGUGGUGCCUGCCACACCCGUACCGGCCUGACACCACCCUGGUGCUGCUGGACACCGAGGGGCUGUGAGGGACCCCAGCAAGGUGGGUACGGGGCCAGGGGGGUCGCGGGACCACUGGAUUCAGCCCUGACGACCCCCCCUCCGGGGCACUGGGCGACAGCCACAACGCCGCCUGGAUCUUCACGCUGGCGCUGCUACUCU